AUGACUACUUCUGCCUUGCGCCGGCAGGUGAAAAACAUUGUGCACAAUUACUCUGAGGCAGAGAUCAAGGUGCGCGAGGCCACCUCCAAUGACCCCUGGGGCCCCCCGAGCUCCUUGAUGUCCGAGAUUGCAGACUUGACCUUCAACACCGUGGCAUUUGCUGAGGUCAUGGGCAUGAUCUGGAGGCGGCUGAACGACAGUGGCAAGAACUGGCGCCAUGUCUACAAGGCGCUGACUCUUCUGGACUACCUCAUCAAAACUGGCUCAGAGAAGGUGGCUCACCAGUGCCGGGAGAACCUGUACACCAUCCAGACCUUAAAGGAAUUCCAGUACAUAGACCGCGAUGGCAAGGACCAGGGCAUCAAUGUCCGGGAAAAGGUAAAGCAAGUGAUGGGCUUGCUGAAGGAUGAGGAGAGACUGAAGCAGGAGAGAGCCUAUGCCCUGAAAACCAAAGAGCGGAUGUCCCUUGAAGGCAUGGGGAUUAGCAGCAGCAACAGCCAGCAGCUUGCCUAUGGGCGGCGGGCGUCACAGUACGGAGAAGACUACGGCAGGUCAAGAGAGUCUCCAUCCUCCUUUAAUUGUGAGUAGUGCAGUGUGUCAUGGAUGAGCUGCCUUGUCUCUGGUGGAUCAAGAUUUGUGGCUGCAUUUCUGACCACCACCUUUGCCAGUGGAGCGGUCUGGAUGAAUGCCUCGUAUCAUUUGUGAAUGGUCUUGGUUUCCCAGGUGGGGAGUUGUUGGGGCACCUGGUCGUGUGGGUGGAACAGAAUAAGUAUGUGUGCAGUUUUCAAGAGACACAUUCUGGGGAAGGUAUUCUAUGUUUUCCCUAUGAUCAAAUAAGGAAAGUUGGCAGGACCAUUCCUGCCAUUACUUAGCAUUGCGGUGGGGAAGUAAAGGGCAGCUGGGUGGAAUGGAUAAGAAAGAAUUUGUAUUUGAUAUCCCGCUUUAUCACUACCCGAAGGAGUCUCAAAGCGGCUAACAUUCUCCUUUCCCUUCCUCCCUGACAACAAACACUCUGUGAGGUGAGUGGGUCUGAGAGACUUCAAAGAAGUGUGACUAGCCCAAGGUCACCCAGCAGCUGCAUGUGGAGGAGCGGGGAAGCGAACCCGGUUCACCAGAUUACAAGUCUACCACUCUUAACCACUACACCACACUGGCUCUCAUGAAGGGCCCAUGAAGAGAAACCAUGAGCUGUGCAGAGUGCAGAAAUUCUUCUUGACAUUUCUGCCUUCAGAAUCUCUGGAAGCUCCAACCAAUUUCCCCCCUGCUUUCCAAGUUCCAAGCAGAACAUUCAUGCAUAUUUUUCAGAUUCUCCCCCUCUAACUGUGAAGAUAGAACUUGGGAAAAGUUGUAGGGAGAAAUAGAAUUAGGUGGAAGAUUGUAAGUCCUGUGUUACGAUGCCUGCUGUAGGUAGUACAGGGGCAUUUACAUUACAACAGGUGUUGGGAACCUGUGGCUUAGUUGUAUUACAGCUCCCUUCAUCCCUGACUAUUGGCCGUGUUGUCUGGGGCUGAUGGGAGUCGGAGCCCAACAACAUCCAAAGGACAGAUUCCCCACCCAUACAUUAUGCAGAAGAUUCUCCUAUGGACAUGACAUGCAAUGCACAGGCAGAUAAUCAAGUCGCAUGAUAGUGCUAAACGGUAAUUGGCAUAAGAUUUUAAAAGCAGGCACAUUACACGUAUGCUAUCACUACACAUUACAAUCUACAAAUGGGUUUCGUGUUAACUCCUACAAAGAGGUGCCUUUGAUUUAAGAAUUUUGUAAAGGGGUCUUUGGGGGCCAAUCUACACAAUAGAUUUCCACCUUGGCAUUAUCUAUGCCUCAGUGGUUUGAGACUGAAAUUCAUAUCACUGCAGCAACAGGGGUGACCAGUCUCUUGAUGCAGGUAGGGCAAGUAUAAGGAUGAGAUUGGGGUGAUUGUUGCCUCUGUGUAUUAAGACCUGGGCAUGAAGAACCAGCUAUAUUAAGCUGUUUUUGGUGUCCUCUGAUCUGUAUGUAGAACCUGAAGCUCUCCAGAUGUUGCUGGACUACAAGUCCCAUCACUCCCAACCAUUGGCCGUGCUGGCUGAGGCUGAUGGGAACUGGAGUCCAAACACAUCUGAAGGGGAACAGCUACCCAAUUCUUGGAGACCACCAACCUUUUGGCCUCCACAUUUCUGCCCACAUUAUUUUUCAGCCCAGCACAGUUAACUGAUAUGCAAACAAGCUAUUCUGACAGGUGAAUUGGAAUUAGAGCAGGUGGUGAUGUGAUUUAAAAAAAUAAAUACAGAAGGAUAUGUUUAUCUUGGAGGAUUCCAAUUCUUGGAAUUUUUGCUAGCUAGUUGCUGUUACAACUUCAACUUUAGAGUCAAAACUUUAGUUUUCAAAGGAUAUGUCUUAUGAUGCAAAGCAGGUACCCCUCGUUCAAUGGAGCCUCCUGUCAGUUCAAUUGCCAUUGGAUUGCCAUCUGAGGGUGUGAUUUUAUUCCUGCUUAUCUGGGAAUAAGCCCCAUUCAACAUAGUGGGAUUUACAAGGUAGGAUUCUGCUUUAAGUCUAUAAUAUAUAAUAUAAUAAUAAUUAAAAAAAAAGCUCAACAACUCUGGUUCCUAAAAAAAGCUCGACAAUGUCAAUGGGUAGAUCACUGUCAGUUUUUUUAUACUGUGAGUAGAUCGCAGUCUCUUGGGAGUUGGACAGCCCUGAUAUAGAUGAAUCCUUUGACUUCACUGUGCAUGAGAGAAAGUGACACACACACACGUCUGGGAGAGACACCUGCCUGAAGCUCUGGAGAGCUGCUGCUUGGCAGUGUAGCCUGACUUAGGGACGUAGUGUUCAGAUUCCCACUAGUGGAGCCUGCACAAGGACUUCCACAAGCCCCCUCUCUUCUUCUCCCCCACAAAUUAGCUGCGGCGGUUGGUCAAGAGGACCUGCAGGAAGUGCACAGAGGGAGAAGAGGGGAGAUUGUUCCACCAGACAAGCAGAAAUGCUUGUAUCUCCUUAGUUGCAAUGUUGAAUUCCUCCCAUUGGAACCUGCCUGGAUCAUAUAGUCCCUUGGUCGCUGUCCUGGUACAUCAGGGAUCCUUAGCAUGGGCAGCCAGCAACAUACUUUUGCUCUUCUUGUCAUCCUCAAGAAGGAUGAUGCUGUGGAAACACAACAGGAACCUUCAAGUUCCUAAAGCAGAAUGCAGUUGCGCACAAAAGGGCUUCUCUUCCUCGGGCUCUUCCCGUUGCCCCUCAUAUGAACACAGGAGUAUGAAACGCUGCCUUGUGCCAAGUCAGUCCAUUGGUCCACACUGACUGGCAUCGACUCAUAGAAUCGUAGAAGUGUAGAGUUGGAAGGGACCCUCCAGAACAUCUAGUCCAACCCCCUAUAAUGCAAGAAUAUGCAGCCAUCCCAUAUGGGGAUCAAACCUGCAACCUUGGCCUUAUUGGCACCAUGCUCUAACCUACUGAGCUAUCCAGUCACCAGGGUUUCAGACAGGGUGUCUCUCCCAGCCCUACCUGGAGAUGCCAGGGACUGAACCUGGACCCUUCUGUGUGCAUUACAGAUGCUCCAUUAAUGAGGUAUAACCUUUCCCCUGGACCAGCAGUCUAAUAACUUGCACCUGCAGUCUAAAAUCAUGAACUUAAUCUGCAAAAGGAGGGGAGGGGGUAGAAUGGGAAAGGCCAUUUGUUGCAAAACCCAGGCAAAUGUCAGAUUCUGGAGUGGCUAUGGACCAUGUUCAGCAGCCUCCAGCUGGGCUCCAUCCCAUUUGCAGCAUUAAUUCAUCUCUUUCUUGUCCCUCAGCCUCUUCCUCAUCCCCUCGGUUCAAUUCUGACCUGGAGCAGGCAAGGCCACAGACGACUGGAGAGGAGGAGCUCCAGCUCCAGCUUGCCCUGGCCAUGAGUCGAGAAGAAGCAGAGAAGGUAAUGUUUCAGCUUCGUUCUAGGUGUUGUUGUAAACCAGUGGUUUAAAUAAGGGGUGAAGUAGCUGGGUCUGGACUCCCAACGUGCAUCAUCACUGACCAGUUGGCUGGGCUGAUGGUGGUUAGAGCUCAACAACAUCUCCAGGGCCACAUGUCCCCGUCCUCUAAAUCAGUGAAAAACUAUCAGUGAGAAAGGCAUGUUAGAGAUUUGUGGAUGCUUCCCACUGCUGUAAGUGCGGCUCUCAUCUCUUAUUGGCUGCUCCACGUAAGCCUCAUCAGCUCAGGACAUCAUGAUGGGGAUUUAUUGCUUUGUUGAUUUAGCAUUCUUAUACUGCGGGCACAUAUUCACCUUGUGACGGUAGACUCGAGUGUGCUUUAAAUCAGGAAGAUAAAGCUAUUAUAGACGAAGUGGCAGCCUGUACCUUCCAUCUUCCCUUCUUCAUGAUGAAGGUCCUUUAAGGCUCAUAUUUAAUGAAAAUAAAAGGACUAGGAUUCCAAUCCUAUGUGCACUUGUUUUGAGAGUUGUCCCGUUGAUCUCAGUUGGACUUCCUUUUGAGUAAUUUUGUGUAGCUUGUACUGCAUUCUGGAGCUUUGCUUGUGUGGUCUGGGAGCAAUGCACCUGACACGGAAAGGAAUGGCUAUUACAAUGGGUCAGUGCUUCAUGGAUUGCAGCAGUGAUCUUAUAUGUAGGAAUCUCUCACUUAGGCUUUCAAUGUUUUUAACUGUGCCUGCUGUUUUUUUCAUGGCAGCUAUCAACAGCCAGCUAUUUCUCUUAGGCAUUGUAAGUGGCAGGGACAGAACAUAGCCCAGUAUGAACUAUGUAGGUCUUUUGGAUGCUGGUUGAGGCUCAAUGUAGCAUUUAGCUGCUACAGGAGUGCCUCCUACAUAGCACUUCUGGAUACUUCACAGGGAAAGGGAAUGCACACUUCCUUUUCAUUGUGUUUUGCGCUCUGCAAUAUGGAGGUUCAGCGAAGGACUACACUCACCACAAUGCAGCUAAAUCAAAUGUUGCAUUUUCACAUUCGGUUUCCAGAGCUUCUCCUAAUGCCCACUCCUCUUGCCUCUGCAAUUCAUCUGUGCAAGUUCUCCUUUGGACGUUAGAAAGAAGCACUGACAGAGAAGCGAUCUGCCAUUUUGACUGGUGGAGCUUCUUAAGCUCUUUUAGUUUUGCUUAAUUUAAAAUGACUUUCACCGUUGCAGUCCAGCGACCUAGUCCCUUUGUGUGCUUUCCACGAGCAGCCUUCCUAUCAGCUGAUCUGCUUCUCCCUUUCGAGGUGGCCCAAGCAUUUGUUUACAUGCACCAAACACAAGAUUAGCUCUGAGGGCCUUUCUUAUGUCAAGUGACACGAGUAGUGACAUUGGAGAAGCAUGAAGGUGGCAAGGGAAAGACUGCCUUAGUCUUGAAAUGUUGGCUGGAGGGGCUGGGAUCCCACACUUAACAGCUUACAUGCUUCUCUCAAGCUUUGACUGAAAGUAUCUCACCAGCAUAUUCUUGUGAAGACCUGUUUCCUUGAAAAAACACAUAAGCUAUACACAGUGGCACUCCUGUCUUUACCACACACGUUGCUAAAGCCAGCUCACAUCCUAGUCUCUUAGGGAGCCUAAUUAUCACUUCUACAUUGGGCACACUUUGAAUAUUUUGCUUCAUGAGCAAAAAUGUCCAUGGAUAUUCUUCUUGUAACAAUAGCUCAUCAUGGAUAUUGGAUGUAGGCCCUGAGAAGAAUCUUCAUGGGAAACUUGGCACAAGCCUUUAAUCUGAGUCUACAUUAUUUUAAAUGAAGUCAUCUCACAGAGUAAUCGAGAACAGACCACCAUCUACUGCAUUUCAUUUUAAUAAUAAUAUAUUGCUCCCUGGGCUUGAUGGAUAUAUGGCCAUUGUUUGCUUACUUAGAGGAAUGGCUUGAUAGCUAAGAGAAGCUCUAGGAGAAAUCGGUCAACGUCAACAUCACUUCUCUCUGUCAGCAUAGCUAGCUGAAAGGCUGGGGAACAGCUCCUGUGUCAGCAUGGCAUUCUGGAAACAAGAUUCCUAGAAUUUCUGAGAGAUAACUUUCAAAGGCAACCCCCCCACCCCAGUAUAGUCCUUCUGUUCCCAUAGAAGAGUUCCAGAGGUCUUUUGGAUCUACUCUAAUUUGGUGAAUGAUUUGCCCAAUGAUCCAUGAGCUUCAUUGAGGAAAAUGGAACCCAAGCCUUAAGAGACAGCUUAUCAAGGCAUUUGCUGAGCAGGAGCACCAUCUCAGAGAUGAGAUUCGGAAAUUAAAUUGGAGGGUUAGGGUUAGCACAAUUAAAUGAAGUGUCCUAAAGGGUGAAUUUGUGUUUGGGGGUAAAGACCCCCUACAAAGUUCACUGAAUGAAAGGAGUGCUCACUGCCCAUCGCUGUGGAUCAGCCAAAUUCACUGGACUGAAGAGAAGAUUGACCAAGAGACCCUCAAAGUGCGUGGUGCAAAUUAUAAUUUGUUCCUGAACAUGAGCUCUGAACAGCUGCUUUCUCCACUCCAGCCCAAUAUAUUUCUUUUUGCCACAGCAGCAAAGUGAUUCUAGUUCUGUCUCCAUCCUUCUCCCUGCUAAGUUCUACAAGGGCAACAUUGAGAGGAAGCUGGUAGCCAGCACCAACCCGCUGAACUGGUUUUAAGAAGGCAGGCAGAUGGUGGCUGGUUGUGGGCAGACUGAGUUUGUUGGUACAAUGUCCCAUUUGCCCCAAUGGAUUAGCCCCAUUGAACCCCUUUGUUUCCUAUGGCAUUUAGGAACAGUCAGAAAAUAUUUACUCUUGAGAACCACCACUCUAGGAUGGUCAUGAGUCCUACUUUGCAGCCUCUAUUUGAAAGGCUGUUAGAGGAUAGUCCUUUACUUGAAGGAUCCCUCUGUUUGAGGUCUGGUCCAAGAAUGUUUAAAGACGAGGAACAACAAAACGGGAGACCAGGGGGUUAGGCACUGUCCAUCAACUGUGAACACCUGGGCAGUAAACUCAAUAGGUACCCAGGUCACCUGGUCAUAGUCUUCCCUGAUAUGGUGAGAUGCGUGGAGCUGGAUUCAGCUGGCAAGUCUUGCCAGUGCAAGGCCACACAUUGACUUCUGCUAGUGCAAUGUGGCUCCCCACACACACACACAAAAUUGGUUUGGCAGGGGAAUCAGGAGAACCCCACAUGUGGGGAGGAGAGGGCAGAUUGUUCCAUCAGGCAAGCAGAAAAUGCUUGCACUGACAGAGCAGUCUCCUUAGCUCUAGGAUGAAUUCCUCUCAUUGUAUGUCUAUUGAACUCUUAUAGUAAUUGUUUCCAAAUUUCUAUCAAUGCAUAUAACUCACUGCAUCCAAGUUUAUAUAAUUCCAUGUCCUCUUUUGUUUUGGUGGUGUUUGUCGAUAUAUAUAUAUUUACUGGUGGUCACCCUGCACCACACAUGACUAUAAUAAAGUAUGGAGACUGCAAGUGCUGUAAAUUUAAUACCUACAAUGUUUUGUCCGGUUUCACAUAUUCUGGACCUGUGCAGAGCUGCUUCCAACUAUUAUGUGAGAUUAGAAAUGCAAAAUGGGAAGCAGUCCUUAAAGGUGUGAGAUUUCCGAGGGCGAAGGGUGUCUGGCCUGGAGCAAGAGAACUCUCGGAAUCUCAGCUCUCAGAAUUUCCACCACUGUGAAGAAGCCAGGCAGGGGAGGAAGGGAAGGCUAUUUGUGUCCUUAACAAGCUUGAACAGCCAAGUGGAAGUGACAGCAUUCCCACCUACCUGGGCCAUCCUCUGUCAUGCAGAGUAAUGUUCUUCCUCUGCUCCUGAAAGUAAGGAUCUUCAAGUCUCACUGAAUCAUGCCUGCAGUGUGCCCUUUUAUGCUUGGAUACACCAGACUCCAUUUGCGCACUUCACAGAAGUGCCAACUAAACAGUCUCCUACCUUUCUAACUAAGGAGACCUUGGGGCUUGCUACUGUGUGUUCCUUGAUGAGUAAUGAAGAUGAAAUUCAAAGAUGGCAAUGUAUUGUCUUUUGCAAUUCCUCCAAGAGGUUCAAGGGUGUGUAAAUGGGGGCUCGUUCCUCUUUUCACCCUCACAACAACCCCACAGGGUGGGUCAGGCUAAAAGAUGGUGACAGAGACAGCUAGUUCAGACACUAGUUUAACAGCAGAGUCUCCUUAGUCAUGUAAGGGCUGAUUGCUACACCGAACGGACUCAUGUCUCACUCUCAUGUUAACUUCCCUGAGCACCACCACCUUCAGUCUGUGCAGUGCAGGUGGGAUUGUGGGAAGAUGAGGGAGAAGUUCUACCAGGUCCCCAAAUUUUGAGCAAUUGAACAUGCUGGGGGUGCUACAAAGUAUCAGUUUCACAGCUGGCAGUGCUCAAGGUGGGGGAACUGGCAAAAAAGCAAGAACACCUCCCCAAAAUUAAUGACUCAGGGGAGGUGUCAAAAGUCACCAUGAGGCCCACGAGUGCUAUGUUGGGGACCUCAGGGAUAUUCUCAGGCCAAUAGCUGGUUUCAGCAUGUGGGUCCUUUUCUUACUUUAUCCCCCUUCCCCUUCUUAUUAACCUCCAGUGGGGGAGACACUUGUGUUGGUCUUUGUGAUAACAACUCUAAACUUACUAAAAGGGGGCUUAAUUGAUAGGCCACAUACCCAGUCCAUUCCCAAACACCAACACCAACAACACCACAAAUGCAAAUAAUAUCUCAAAGAUUAAUUCCUCUAAAACAAGAGUCCACCUUUGGGGUAACGGUGCUGUCCUUCUUCCAGGCCAGUCAGUCAGUCAGUCCCUGCCCCAGUAGGGAUCCAGAAGGAGGGAAAAACAGAAUGGAUGGUGGGUCAGUGGGUCAGUGUGAGGGUGUGGCUAAAGUAUCGGAAGAGCUGUAGUAACUAUCAGGGCUUAAACCCUUUAACCUGGAAAAGGAUGGCUAACCCUUCCAUUCAGUGAUGCAGCAAAAUGACUAGGCUGCCCCACAGUAUAAUCAUGAGGAUGCAGUCAUAUCCUUCUAAUUAUUUUAAUUGUUAGGUGCAGAGUUGGAAAACAGGCCAGUGAUACCUAAUGGUAGCUAUAACCCUUUGUUCUCUCCUACACAGCAAUUUCUGUUUUCAUACUGGGGAUGACAAAUGAAACUCACACAUGUACAUUUAGCACGAUGUGUUCUAUUAUUAUCCCGCCCCCUCCAAAGUAACUCAUCUUCCCCUUUUCCUCCUUAGAGUAGACUCGCUUUUGCUCUUUUCUUUCCCCAGAAACCCUCCGUUCGUUUCCCCGAUACUUAGUUUGGGGGCUGAUUUAUAUUUGUUGGGAAACACAAUUGUGCCAACACACAUCCUGAUGAAUUCUGUUCGCUGUAAGGUUUUUUCUUUACGUAAAAGCUCAGCUAACCUCUUAUGCCUUGUAUCUAGGGAUUGGUUCACUCCCUGUUUUGUACAUUAUACUGGCAGAGCUCCAUUCUGAAUAGGUGCUGACUCUAUUGUGGCUCCCCAGCAUUCUGCAGCCCCUGUGCCAGUGGAGAUUCAUUGGGGUGAGCUCUAGGGCUCAGGCAAUCCUCAUACUGCUCUCAUAGUUUUCAUAUCACCUGUUCCCACCACAACUCACCAGGGGCCCUGUGAUGGUGUUCACAUCGGUGUCAGGGCUCUAUAGCAUUGUGGGUUGGAUCACUGGACUGAUAAAGAGUGGACUGAAGGCUUGUUCACGCAUCCCACUGAACACAGCUACAAGGUGCCUCUACACAUGCACAUGUGUUUGUGUGAAAGUGUGUAUGCUUGUUGAUCUGUACAGCUCACCUAUUGCGCACAUAGGUUGAAUGUUACAUGCAGGUUAUUGUACGAGUGCAAGGCUCAACUGCUUGUGUACACAGAUGGUACACUUGUUGAACGCAGUGUGCGAACACCCUUGAGAAGUCCUGUACUAAAUUGUAUUAUUACUGUGUGCUUCACCUGGAGCUAAGCCAAGGGUCUGUUCCUGCCAGCAAAUGUCCCUACUACAAAGCUAGACUGUUUCCUAGUUGGUGAAGGAUUUGAAGGGUUCCACACCCCGCCCCCCCCAGUGUAAUAAAACAGACAAGCAAACACAUCAUUUUUUAGUAUCACUGCCUUCACUACCUGUGCUUACCAGUCAAUAAUGAGCCCAAAUUAGCUGCCAGCUGGCAAGUUAGCUACGAGCUGUCUACCAGUUGGCGGUAUGCUAGAAUGACUGCCUAGGGGCGAUCAUGUUAGGCACGGGCAUUCAGAGAGCUUAAAGUUAGCACAUGACUGCAUUGUGCUUCUCCACAAGUAACUAGUUUGGACUUGUUGCCUUUGUAUCACCUGUAUUGGGUAGGCAUUUCUCAGUAGUUAAAGGCUGAAACAGCUCAGCUGUGUGUGAUGAAGGAGUUUUCAUGAAAACAAAAUAGGGUGGGGUGGUUGGGAGUGCAGGAUUCUAGACAGUAAAGAAAAACCGCAAGGUGGGAUAGCACAUUCACCUCCUGCAUUGUCUAGUUCCUGUAGUUUACUGUAUUAUUAGCUUUGUGCUCAUGUUUCUUUAUUGCAACAUAAGCAUCCCCUUAAGGGACGCGGGUGGCGCUGUGGGUUAAACAGCUUUACUAGGGUCAACAAGACCCAACCCAUACUUGAUGUGCCUUUCAACGCGCUCUCUUGCUCUCUCUCAAAUGCUCAGGUUUCGGAGAGUGGCAGGAAAAUUCUGCUUCCCAUUCAAAACUUGCAUCCAAUAUCACCGUGUAUUCAUGUCCCAUCUUGAUUUGUGUAUUCUACUUCUGGUUGUUUUUUUUUAAUACGGGAAUUUGUAUCUCAAAAUAAAUAGCAGGCUUAGCAGUACAUCACUUGAAUAUAGCAAGGGACAUAUUAUGCAGUGCCUCCGUUUUUCCUGGGUCCCUUAUUCCUGCUUUGUCCAUCACAAUUAUUAUUAUUUAAAUCAGAAUGGGAAGCAAUUACAUAUGCAAAUGUAGUAAUUUUGGAAUGCAGAAAUAUCCACAUUGUAUUUAGCAAUGUUUAAAGAAGGCCUGUUUAAAUCUGUGCGCAACUCUGCAGUCAUUUUAAAAAGUCACUAAAUCUUCCCCUGCAACACCUUGCUAAAUAGGGAAAAGAGCAACAUUCAUCAGGAACGAGGAACCCCAGUUAUGAACAGUAUGCAGGGUUGCAACAUGAAAAUCUCACCGAGUUCCUUGAAACAUUCUGUGCUGGGCCAACAAUGAAACAAUACAUUAAGGAACACAUGACCAAGGACAGUCUUUUCCCCAAUGGCAGUGAUUCUGGUAUGGUCACAGCCCAAGUCAAAAGAAAAGAGAUGACUGAUGGUUUUGUUCGGUGGAGGAACAUCUAGGUCAGCUAGCGCUGGGAUCUUGUUUUUUCCCCCUUUUUAACUACUAUUUGUGUCUGUGUAGAGUUGCCAGGGGCAGAGAUCAGACAGUUUCUUGGGCGAGAUUUGGAACACAAUGGCUGACAUAGGCGGCUCAAUGCACAUCCUUGCUUGCACCAUAAUGCUGGUUGGCUGAAUUGGCGGGAUGUGCCUUUCUAAUGGAUGGUUCCUUACCUGGAACCACCUUUUCCCACACUCAGCUAGAACCAGAGUGGGGCCAAAGGCAAUAAGUUCUGUGAAGCAUUUGGCAAAUUAAAAGCGUGAGAUCAAUGAUUGCUGCUUGUAACAGUCUUUCUCGAGGCAGUGUUAAUGAUGGUGCCUGAAAGGGCUAUGUCUCUGCAAGGAAGGGUGAUGACUGUUGUUUGUAUUGCCACAAAAGUGUGAUUGUGCUUUCCCCCAUUAUUAGGGUAACAAAGCAGCCGUCCCUGCUGGUGCCACCGUCUGUUUGCUUGCUGAUCAGCCUCCUUGUAGGGAACUGGGUUUUGGAACGACACUUGAUAAGCUCCUGCCGGAAGAAAGGACAGAAGGGUCAUAGCAGCCAGCAAGGCAAGCUCUCAGGUUACAUUACCUUGGGAAGCCAGCCAGCUUGCUAAAAGUCCAAACAAAAACCAAAGCUGUAGGCAGGCACCAGGGUUAAAAAAAGAAGAAAGCUGUAGAAAGUCAUUGGGUGCAACAUGACAAGCUGUUGGUGCAUUAUUGUUAAUUGUAGAUUGAGAUCUUGGUGUUCUAGGUCUGUGCAAGGUUACUGGGAUUGUUUUCUUAUAUGUAGGUGUUUGCAUUUGAGUGGUCUAGUAGGGCAAAGGAAAGCUUUCUGGCUUUGUGGGAAAUGCACAAAAACCUCCCUGCUGCCAUGGCAGUGCUCCUUCAGAAACAACCAUCCACUGAUGAACACUUGUAAUGGGAAUGGUGAACCUGUGGACUUAAGAGAUGUUGCUGUUGGACUCCAGCUUCCAUCAACCUCAGCCAGCACUGCCUAUGGUCAGGGAUGAUGGGAGUUGUAGCCUAGCAACAUCUCUAGAGGACCACUUGUUCCGCAUCCCAGCCACAGAACCAUCAGUAGCCCACUGCGACUUCUUUGUAAAACAUUUUGCAGAUAAACUGAGUCACAUCUGCCAUGACUUGGAUGUCACAUUGAGCUCAGUGUCCGUAUUGGUUGCCAGCUCUGCCACUGCUACUCAAGGUUGCUUGGAUGAGCUUCCGUUGAUUUCACGGGAAGAGGCAGAUGAGGUACUGAGACAUUUCUGGGACAGAAGCAGAAGAUGGGUUGUAGCCAACACUGCUGUUCUGCUCGUACAACAGGAUUUCCCCUUCCUUUUCUUCCCCCUGCAUCCCAGGCACAGUCAAGAUGUGCUCCAGAGAGUUAAGGGACCCUCUGGAGCAGAAUUCUGGGGCAUACAGAACAAGAGGAGGAGAGGAAGAAAUUCUGUUUCAUGAGCAGGGCACAGCAGGCUCAGCACUGAAUACAACCCUAUGUCUCUUCAGUUAUUGACCUUCCUGGCAGAAGGUGACCAGCUAUGGAAGGCUGGCUAGUCUGAAUGGCAGAAGAGUGAAUACUGCUUUUAGGGUUGCUGCCUCAAAUGAGGAAAUGAUCCAUUUCCUGCUGGGAAGCAGGGGGGAGGGGAGCCCCAAUAGACCUGGCUGACCUUGGGUAACUGUAGGCCAGUCUUUAACCUUUACCUAUUGUAAAGCACUCUGGACAAUUUUAAUUAAAGGGUAGGGUAGAAAUCUUUUACAAAUUAAAUGAAAGCAACUCCUGCCAUUUCUGGGCAAGGAUUUGAGAGACUAGUAUCUGGAGAACUUGGUUGAAAUGCUUGUUGGCUGAGGAAAUACCAGUCCGUGAUUAGGAUCACACACAUCCAUAAGGUUCAUAGUUUGAGGAUGCUCUUAGAUUCUCAGGUGGUGGCCAUGAAUCAGAGUGCCAGCUCUAGUUAGUUCACCAUCUGCACCUCCUAUGACUGAAAUAUAGAAACCUAGCUACCAUCAUUCAUGUCCUGGUGAUGGUUGCUUUUAUUUAGUUACUGUUUUAUGGAUUUAUUAGGAUGCUUGCAUUUUUAAUGUUUGGGCAGCAGCUGCUUUUUAUUAUUAUUAUUUUUUUUGCUGAGAGGUGAUUUAGCAUUAUUGUAAGCAAACCAUGUGUAAAUAUAUGGGUGUGGGUGGAAAGAAAUAGAAGCAAGGGUUGGAGGGGAGGGACUGCAAACUUUGUGAAAGAAGAGGCAUUAAAGAUUUGUGGGAUGAGUAUCUAAAUGGGCAAAACUAGUUGAACAGUUGCAUGGCUGGAUUCAAAGCCAUCUUGCUCUUUGAUUAUAAAGGGUAAGGGGGUGGGCUUGGAAGGUUGUGACCCAGAAAUGAAUGACUGACCACAAAGUCCUGGAGCAGGAACAAACCUUUACCCAAUUCUCCUUCAUUGUCAGCAGCCACUUCCUCCAGUCUCCAGCACAGAUGAAGACUUGCAAUUACAGAUAGCGCUUACCCUGAGCAAACAGGAGCAUGAGAAGGUAUCCCAAACCCAGGUGGUGAAAGGGCACUUUUAACUUUCCUCUUCUUGAAUUCAUGCCUCUUUAAGUGGGAAAGCUUUUGGCCUAAGCUUGGUGGCUCCUUCCUGAGACAAUGCUGCUAUCUCCAGAGUCUAGAAAUUCUGUACAUCUUGUUCCAUUUGCCACAGGCCUCAGAGUUGGUCUUUCCAGAAAAUAUCCAUGUGUAAAACAAUGAGGUUUCAGGUCCUCACGGUUCUGAAAGAAAUCUUGACUCGCAUAGGAGAUCAUUUCAGAGACUUGGGAACUCAAGACUGGGUAUCUCUGGAUAACUCUGAUCAGUUGUGGAAUUUUGUCGAAACCCAACAUUUGAAAAUCAGUCCAAGGAUGGUGAAAUUGCCUCUUUUCACAUUGAUAAUGAAACACCAAACAUAAUCCAAAGCAUAUCUACUUGAAAAUAAGCCCCAUGGGGCUCAAUGGGGCUUAUUUCCAAGUAAGUAUAUGUAAAAUUGCAACUGGCCCUUGGACUCAAAACCUUCUCACUUUUCUUUUUAAGAUGAAAGAAUUCUAGACCCACCCUCCCCCAAUUCCUACCUCACCUCCAGCUAUGUCCGCUUCUUUCUGCCUUCUGGGUCUUUUCUGGCUGGUAUUUUUUUUUAAUAUAACUUACAUAGUUCUAAAAACUAACUGUUCCUAACAGAGAACAGUUUAACAUGGGAUAUAGAAGUAUGGAAAUGGAAAGGGCAGUUGCCACGCUUACCUAAAUGAUGGCCAUGACCAGUAUGAAAUAAUCUUUCAUUUUUCUUGUAUUCAGCUCAUACCCCGUUGGCUGUUCAUUUUGAUUACAGGAAGUGAGGGCAUGGCAAGGAGAAAACUCACUACUGCAGAGGGCAUUGGAAGAAAGUCACCAGGGUGUGGAAGAAGAAGAAGAAGAAAAGACCAAGAAAAGUCAGGUAGGAGGCACCAGCUGCUUGGUUAUAUUGUGGUGGACAUACAUAAAUACUUGCUUUGGUGUGUGCCAAUUUGUAUUCCACCUGUGCUAGCCCCACUGAUCUCUCUGAAGUAUCUAUGGUGGCUUCUGCUUCAGAUGGAAAUUGCAAAUUGGUAAUUCUGGGGCUGAGGUCCUUCCCACUCACUGUUGGUUACAGAGUGAGAAUUUAUCCUGAGAGUUUCCCCUACAAUUAACAGCGAAACUGAAGAAAACUGGUCAGUUGCUCAUACUCCAUUAACAGUGGUACUUCAGGUUACAGAUGCUUCAGGUUACAGACUCCGCUAACCCAGAAAUAGUACCUCGAGUUAAGAACUUUACCUCAGGAUGAGAACAGAAAUAUCGCGGCAGCAGCAGGAGGCCCCAUUAGCUAAAGUGGUACCUCAGGUUAAGAACAGUUUCAGGUUAAGAACGGACCUCCGGAAUGAAUUAAGUUCUUAACCCAAGGUACCACUGUAAUCUGGAGCCAAGUCCACUGGGUGGUUUUAUUCAUCUAUUUAUUGCACAUAGAUCCUGCUACACUCAGAAGAGCUUACAAUGAGGUACCAAUGCUUCUUCCAUGCAUUGGUGUUAGCUCUAACAAUCCAACAGCAUCAAGCAAUUAAGAGACCAUUCACACACUCAUAGCUUGGGAUCUUGUGUAUAAUUUUACUUUCUGAAGCUCUUUAGGAAGGGAGAAAUUGCAACACCAUGCCUCGGGAGAGUGGAAGGAAGCCCUCUGCUUUUUUGAUAGCUUCCAAACCUGUACAGUCUUGGUGCAGUUUGAAGUGUACACGUUCUUGGGAUCUCUAGGUCUUAAUACAUUUUAUCCCUUUGUAUCUUUCCAGUCUUCUGUGCUGGAGCUGGCAGACAUUUUUGGACCGGCACCGAUCACUUCUACCCACACUUCAGCUGACCCAUGGGAUAUUCCAGGUGGGGGCAACAAUCGAUCUGUUGAGGUUUGGAAUCAUGAUGCAGCCUUCUCUCCUCCAGCUCUGUCCUUGUCUACUUCUUGGGAGCAUAACAGUAAGGAUCUUUGCAGCCUCUUUCUUCUUUCUCCAUUCCACCCACACACCUCUCCUAUUCCAUCCAUGCUUUCAACCAGCUUGGGCAAAUGUUAACCCAUUGUUUGCCAUGGUUCUGCUUUGGGCUGCAGCGUUGACUAAUCCAUUUGCUUAAAUCAGGGAUAGGGAACCUGUUGCCUCCCAAAUGAUGCUGUUGGACUCUUAACUCCCAUCAGCCCCAGCCAGCAUGGCGAAUGGGAGCUGGAGUCCAUCAUUCGGUGGGCAACAGAUUCCCCAGCCUUGGCUUAAGUUUGUUAUUAUUAUUAUUAUGGAUGAAGAAGGUGCCCUGGUUACUGGAGGGGGAGGCAGAUUUUUCUCUUUAAACAUGUUUAUUAUUACUACAAGCUGGUGCCAUCUUGGAAGAAGCGACUUUCUCUCCUGCCCCCACCUUGUGUCUCAUGCUCGAGAUGUUCCUUCUACAAUAGUUCCUUUUGGGUCAUAUAUGUGCAUCAUCUAAACAUGUUCCUCAAAACACGUUGAUGUGCAAACUUGUGCAAAUUUAAUCAAUUAAUUCUCAUGCAAUUGAUCAACUAAGAUUUCUUAAAUCAGGUAACAUCUCUAAUGCUGUUCCCAUUCAUCUGCUUCUAGCUUCAUCAAUACUAGUUCUUUAUUUAUUCAUUUUUCAUUUCCCCUGUCCACAUCCUGUCUACAUUUUGUUUCCCUUGACACUCCUUUCUUCCCCUCCAGAUACCAAGUCCACCGUGGAAUCGACAGGAACAUCCUGGGGCCCCACGGCAGACCCUUGGGUGCCCGUAUCUUCAGGGGAUCCUCUAAGUAAGGCAGCAUGUUCUACCAAUCAAGCCUCUCCCUGGAACCUUCCUCAUGCCUCUUCCUCCUCUGCUUCCUCUUCCGAUCCAUGGGGGGUCAAAUCCCUGCCUUCGAGUGUCUCUUCUUCGGACCCCUGGGGAAAGUCCUCACCCCCUGCACUAGUUCCUGCAGGCACUGCUUCUGCUGCUGACCCUUGGGGAGGCACUGUGGAGAAGUCUUCCACGUCUGGUAAGAGAAGUUCCUUUUCACUUGUAGUCCUCAAUGCUGUAGAAUUGUCCGGUUUCCCAUUCCUUCCUUCAAAACUGCUAGCUGCAAUUUCCCCAACUCUCUUGCUUUAUGUGAGCCAUGUCAUGUGCUGUUUAUCUACUCAGCUAGGGUGAGAAGCGGGACGCGGGUGGCGCUGUGCGUUAAACCACAGAGCCUAGGACUUGCCGAUCAGAAGGUUAGCGGUUCGAAUCCCCGUCAUGGCGUGAGCUCCCGUUGUUCGGUCCCUACUCCCGCCAACCUAGCAGUUCGAAAGCACAUCUAAGUGCAAGUAGAUAAAUAGGUACCGCUCCGGCGGGAAGGUAAAUGGCGUUUCCGUGCGCUGCUCUGGUUCGCCAGAAGCGGCUUAGUCAUGCUGGCCACAUGACCUGGAAGCUGUAUGCCGGCUCCCUUUGCCAAUAAAGCGAGAUGAGCGCCGCAACCCCAGAGUUGGCCACGACUGCACCUAACAGUCAGGGGUCCCUUUACCUUUACCUAGGGUGAGAAGCAGAUCUCUCCAGGUGAGUACCCAAGUGGCAAACCAUAGGAGAGAGCCUAGAAGCACAUGUAAUAGAGAUGGGACCAGCAGCUAUCGUGCCAGGUUGUGCAUGUGUAUCUCUUUCAUCUAUUGACACGAGAGAGUUCCAUGUGCAGCUUCACGUAGCGUCAGCAGCAGGACCACCUCUUCCCCGCUGCUGCUGAUUGGCUCCCAGUUUCAAGCAACAAACUGGUGACGGAGCGAGAGGAUAAGCACAUUCCCGGCCACCACUUUUCGAGAGCUCCCAAAAGGAAUGCCUGUGGCAUUCUUUCCCCUGUGUUUGGUUUUGAUUGGGAAGGACAACGUUGGGGAUUUAUUGUUACCCCUGCUUUCUCCGAACUCCUAAAUCAGCAGUGGUGUUGAGAUGGGGUGGACAGAGCCAGUCCUACUCACUCAAAAGGGGGUGGACCCAAAUCAUUUAGCACCCCCUCCCCUAAGCUUUCUUUCUGUCUUCAACUCCUCCAUAGGCAGUGCUGCUUUUGACUUGUUUGCAAAACUACCUGAACACAUGGAUCAGCCAGAACAUGACAGUUCUGGGAAAUCCAACAGCCCAGUAGGUAAGUGAAAGGGACGGGUCCUCCAUAUGCACUUUCAGGCAUCAUUUUGAUCCUAUAAUUUUGAUGGCUGCCAUGGAGGUAAAUUUCACACAUACUACUCUUCUUCUCCCACUGCUUUUGUUUCAUAGUAUGCAUCCUGCUGGAAAAUAAGUCCAUGGCUUUGCCCUUGCUUACACCUAUCGUGUUUUGAUGAUUAGUUCUAGCCUUAAAGCUCCAGAGCAGCUUUCCCCAACCUGGUGCCCUCCAGAUGUGUUGGGCUACCAUUCUCAUAAUCCCUGGCCACAGGACCUGAGGUUGAUUGGAAUUGUAGUCCAAAAAAUCUGGAUGGCACAAGGUUGGGGAAAGCUGCUCUAGAGUUUCCAUUCUGGUCUGAUUUCCCACAUUGGCAGUGAGUAGGACUAGAGAUGGCCUUUCAGGUGGUGCCUUCCAGCUCUAUGCUUUUGAUGGGGGCUGAUGCCAAUGUAACAUUGGGAGCUCCUAAGAUGGAUUUUUUUAAAAAAAUGUCCAUGUGCAAAGGUUAUAUUAGAAUGCAUUACCCACAAAAGGUUUCUAGCAGCAAUCCCAAUUUGCAAUAGAGUUUGGGAGGGGGGGAAAUGCCUUAGAGAAGAAGCUUUAAAGUGGGACUUGAACGAUGAGACAGCAACAAAUGUGUGUUAAAGGAAGGCAGCGCUGAGCAUUAGGACAAUUAUGUAAGCAAUGCUUUAUACUUUGAGCAAUGACACAUCCACAGCAGCAAUGCUUGUUGUUAUGGGCAGCAGCUCUCCAGGGGCAUUUAGGCACAUAUCUUUCCCUAUUCUGGAAAAUUAAGUUCCUUUUAACUGGAGAUUGAACUGGUAGGCUGUACACCUGCUGAUGUAAGUCACACACACCCAUCUCCUAAAGAUGUACGGAAGUGCAUCUGUGAAAAUGGUGGAUUCUUAAGUAUGAAGGGUUGUGGCAGAAAUGCAGCGUGAAUAAGAUUCCAUGUCCAGUGUGCUGGUUUUAGCCUUUUUCAAGCCCUAAAUGGUUUCAUCAAUCUGGUGCCUCCCCCAGAUGUUGUUGGACUACAACUCCUAUUAUUCCUGACCACUGGCUAUGCUGGUUGGCUGGAGCUGAUGAGAGUAGUAGUCCAAAAGAUCUCAAGACCACCGACUUGUGGAAGGCUGACCUAGAGGAUUCCUCCUCCUGCAGGAGCCUGAUUGGCCCUUCUUAGGCCCUUCUCCAAAUGUUAUGAUCAUCAACUGGUGCCUCACCUUUGGGAUACCUUCUCAAGAGAGAUUUGCUUGGUGCCAUUCUCUUUCUCUUUCUGAUGUCAACUUAACACCUUUGUAUUUGCCCAGUCCUUGUAGUUCUCUUAGAAUGCAUAAGAAUCUUUGAGAUGGAGUUUUAUUGUUGCUCUGGCCCAACUAAGCAGGCAUGCUAGCGGAAGCUAAUGCAAGGUUUCCCACUAGGGCAAUAAGGCUUCCCCAUCUCCUCUCCUCACAACUCCCCCAAAUCCAUUCAGGAGGUUAAGGAGAACCUGUGCAGGUGGAGGAGAGGGAUCAUUCUGUUUGGGAAACAGAAAUGCUUGCACUGACAGAAUGAUCAGACGCACACAACUGAGUUAUUCCAUUUGCUUUCUGUUUUUGUGUUUCCACUGUAGUGAUUUUUUUUAUUAUAUCUAUCAAGCUAUUGUUUUCAUUCAUUUCAUUUUUUUAUCAUUAGCCACUCUGAGAACUUCAUCUGAAGAUGAGCCAAUACAGUACAUCUAAGAAAGGACUGAAUAAUUAAUUGAUUAAAUGAGAACCCAGCAGGAAAUGUGGGGCAAACCAUGGAGUAUCUCAGUGAAAAGGAACAGAAAUAACACAUCCUCUCUCUCUUAUUGUUGGUAGAUGUGGACCUGUUUGGUGACCUUAUUCCAAGCACGAAAGAGAAUGGAGUCAAGAAUAAGGACGUUUUUGAUAUUGCAGGUUUAGGAGACUCUCUUCCUGAUUCAAAGAAGGAGAAGAAAGACAGCAAAACGCCAGAGGCCUUUCUUGGCCCAAAUGCCUCUUCUUUGGUUAAUCUGGACUCCUUGGUCACAGCCCCUCAGAACCUGAUGUCUCGUAAUCCAUUUCUGGCAGGUAGGCCUUAUAGGCAGAAUAGAUCCAUUAGCAAUUCUGUCCCACAGUUUUGCCCAGAGUUUUGUAACGUGGCUGGCCCUACCAUUAGGCCAACUGGGGUGGCAGCUGCCCCAGGCAGCAGAUGGGAGGUAGUGUUCAUGUAAUGGACAGAACCGUGUGUGUCACAUGGCUGCCCUACACUCCUGGAGCUAGCCUACUGACCUCAGGUGCAGUGGAAGAUGCUUUCUUAUUGCCAGUCUAAUCAGUUUGGUCAGUGUUUAUAUGUGGAAUGUGGGGGGGGGGGUCCAUCUUACCAUUUGCUUCGGGCAGCAACAUGCCUUGUCUCAAUCAUGUUUGGUGCCCACAUUUGAUUGCACUCAGCCUAGCACAUUAGUUCCCCAUUGUACAGUCCGCUCCCUAACGCCUGCCACACAGAGCUGCUAUUCUUCCUCCCCUCCUCUUUUUACUGGGCCCCUUUCUUCACUGAAACCAGUCCUUGUCAGAAAUUUCAGACUUCUUCCAUACUAGGCAUGUUGAUAUUUGCCAGUUGCCGUGAUUGGUGCUCAGGCCUUCUCUGCUUUUGACUCCAAAACUUGGAACUCAAAAUAUGUGGCAAAAUGGGAACCCUCAGCAACACGUUUCCACACUUUCCUUAUUUAACAUUAGAGUGUUUGGGUCACAUGAUUGUAGAUACUGCCAUAUUUGUGUGCAUUUUUUAAAAAACAGGGGGAGGGGAGCUUUACUUCCUUGGCCUCUGACCUUUGGAAUGUUGUGCUGAUGGCUUCUCUCCCUCCCUCUCCUUCUUCCAGGUCUCAGCACACCUUCUCCCACCAACCCAUUCAACGUCAUGGACCAGCCCAAACCAACUCUCAACCAGAUGCGGACCAGCUCCCCAGUGCCCACCAUAGCUAUGGGGAUGACCAUGAACUCCAUGACCUACAGUGCUUCACUCCCUCUCCCACUCAGCAGCAUCCCACCAGCAAUGGCCCUCCCGGCCUCCAUGAGUGCCUUCCCUCAGACUGGAGCAGGGCCUUUCCCAGAGCUACCUGGCAACUUGCCUCAACCUCUCCUACCACUGUCUGGCUCAGGUCCCCCGCCACUACCUUCUCAAGGCGGUAUGAACCCUUUCCUCUGA